AUGAGUGCUUAUGAAAAUUUAAAAAAUGAUACAAACAAAUUAACUGGUGAAAUUAAAAAUGAGAAUGAAAAAGUUGAAAAAAGAAAAAUAGUGGAAGGUAAUGUUAUAUAUAGGGAUAACGAAAAUGAUGCUAAAAGUAAUGAAGAAAGUAACCAAAGAGGAAAUAUUAAAAAUAAGGAUGAACAAAAUGAUAUAAGUGACCAGAAAAAUGAAACAAGUGGAGAUAAAAGAAGAAUAAUAAAGCUUGAUGACGAUGUAAAUAUAAACAAAAUUAUAGAAAAAAUAUCAAAGGAAGAACCAGAAAUGUUAACAAAAAUAUUUAAUUUGAUGAAAAAUAAUAAUUGCUUAAACUUUUAUCCUUUACUUACUCCAUAUCAUAAUAUUGAAAAAAUUGUUGAUAUUUUAAUAGAAGAAAAUUAUGAACAUGAAAAUACUUGGUGUGUACAUUGUGAUGCAUCAUUUAUUUGUCAGUUAUUUUACGAAGGUUUUAUACCAGUAGCAAGUAAGCAGAAAGUUUAUAAAAUAGAAAAUUAUGAAACUAAAAUAUACAAAGAGUGUUUAUUAAUUCCGAAGAUUCACUAUAUUAGAUCAUGUAUGCAUCCUAGUGAAAUACAUAUUUCAAAAAAAGUAAAAAAAAAAUGCAAAAAUUUUUAUAUAACUAUAGAUAAAGAUUUUGAUGGUGUUAUAGAAGGGAUAGUAGAAAAGCACGGGCAAAAUUGGUUAUAUCCAUUUGUUCAAAAAGAAUUUAAAAAAAUUUUUGAAAAAAGUAUAACUUAUAAAAAUGUUCAAAUGCAUUCUGUUGAAGUUUGGUAUGAAGAUAAAUUAGUAGCAGGUGAAAUUGGAAAUACUGUAGGAUCUAUUUAUACUAGCUUAACAGGUUUUCAAAGAAAAAGCUGUGCUGGUACUAUUCAAUUAUGUGCUUUAGCCAAAUUAUUAGAAUAUCAAAAAUUUCAGUUAUGGGAUCUUGGGAUGUUGUUACCUUAUAAAAAGGAAAUUGGAUCAAAAGAAAUUCCUAUGAAAGAAUUUUUUAACAAGCAUAGAGUUUUUAAAUAUCAGAAUGCUGAAUUUAAAGUUCCAUUUAAAGAGAAAUUAAAUUGUAGUGUUCUUAUUAAAGGUACUCAGAAUAAUUUGGAUAAAACAGAUUAA